AUGUUUCGUUUACCGACAGUCAUGAAGCAGGUGAGGCCCGUGUGCCGGGCGCUCGCUCCUCACCUCACACGGGCGUACGCUAAGGAUGUGAAGUUCGGCGCUGACGCCCGCGCCCUCAUGCUGCAGGGAGUGGACCUGCUGGCUGACGCUGUGGCUGUCACCAUGGGGCCAAAGGGUCGCACCGUCAUCAUCGAGCAGAGCUGGGGCAGCCCCAAGGUGACCAAAGACGGCGUGACGGUGGCCAAGAGCAUCGACCUGAAGGACCGCUACAAGAACAUCGGCGCCAAGCUGGUGCAGGACGUCGCCAACAACACCAACGAGGAGGCCGGGGACGGCACCACCACCGCCACCGUGCUGGCUCGGGCCAUCGCCAAGGAGGGCUUCGACACCAUCAGCAAGGGCGCCAACCCCGUGGAGAUCCGGCGCGGAGUCAUGAUGGCCGUGGAGACCGUCAUCAACGAGCUGAAGGAGCUUUCCAAGCCCGUCACGACGCCUGAGGAGAUCGCUCAGGUGGCGACCAUCUCAGCCAACGGGGACGAAGAGAUCGGAAACAUCAUCUCCAACGCCAUGAAGAAGGUCGGCCGCAAGGGAGUCAUCACAGUCAAGGAUGGUAAAACUCUGCACGACGAGCUGGAGAUCAUCGAGGGCAUGAAGUUCGACCGAGGAUACAUCUCCCCGUACUUCAUCAACACGGCUAAAGGUCAGAAGGUUGAGUUCCAGGACGCCUACCUGCUGCUGAGUGAGAAGAAGAUCUCCAGCGUACAGAGCAUCGUUCCCGCUCUGGAGAUCGCCAACCAGCACCGCAAACCGCUCGUGAUCAUCGCCGAGGACGUGGACGGAGAGGCGCUGAGCACGCUGGUCCUGAACAGGCUGAAGGUCGGUCUCCAGGUCGUGGCGGUUAAAGCUCCGGGCUUUGGAGACAACAGGAAGAACCAGCUGAGAGAUAUGGCCGUGGCCACCGGGGGCACCGUGUUCGGUGAGGAGACUCUUGGCGUCGCUCUGGAGGACAUCCAGGCUCACGACUUUGGUAAAAUCGGAGAGGUGCAGAUCACCAAAGACGACACCCUGCUCCUGAAGGGAGGAGGAAACCCAGCGGACGUGGAGAGGCGUGCGGCGGAGAUCAUCGAGCAGCUCGAGAGCACAACCAGCGACUACGAGAAGGAGAAGCUCAACGAGAGGCUCGCCAAGCUGUCCGACGGAGUCGCUGUCCUCAAAAUCGGAGGAACGAGUGACGUGGAGGUGAACGAGAAGAAGGACAGAGUGACCGACGCUCUGAACGCCACGAGAGCUGCUGUGGAGGAGGGCAUCGUGCCCGGAGGAGGCUGUGCUCUGCUGCGCUGCAUCCCGUCACUCGACGCCAUCAACGCCAAGAACUCUGACCAGAAGAUCGGUGUGGACAUCAUCAGACGGGCGCUCAGGAUCCCGGCCAUGACGAUCGCUAAGAACGCCGGCGUGGAGGGUUCUCUGGUGGUGGAGAAGAUCCUGCAGGGAGCCGCUGAGCUCGGCUACGACGCCAUGCAGGGAGAGUACGUCAACAUGGUGGAGAAGGGCAUCAUCGACCCCACCAAGGUGGUGAGGACGGCCUUGCUGGACGCUGCAGGCGUGGCGUCUUUGCUCUCCACCGCCGAGGCCGUCGUCACGGAGAUCCCCAAGGAGGAGAAGGAGAUGCCCGGAGGCGGCAUGGGAGGAAUGGGUGGAAUGGGCGGCAUGGGCGGCAUGGGAGGAAUGGGCUUCUAAAGCAAGCGUCCCGAUUCGCUGUACAGACUUAUUAAAGGCAGAGUGGGGCUGGAGGAGGAGGAGGAGGAGGAGGAGGAGGAGGAGGAGGAGGAGGAGGGGGGUGGUGGUGGCUGCUGCUGAGGGACUAAAAACCUCCAAGAACCUGCACCCGCCUCCACCAAACUCUGCCCACGCUGCCCGACAGAGCUCCCCUGCCCCUCUCUACGUCUGUUUGUGGAGGAAAGAACUGAGAUCCAUCGACCAUCUGCAGAAAACUCAUCAGAGAAGAAGCUAAGUUAGAACCCCGUGAUGACGCUCUGUAUUACAGCAGGGCGAGCAGAAAGAAGCGUAGCCAGGAUCGUCUCUGUUCUUUAUGUCUUUUGUUAAUUCUUGUUUUUUAUAUAUGUGUUUUUUUUUCUCAGCUAAUAUAAUGUGAGGUCAAAUCUGUCAUUUGAUUUAAUUAAACCGGUUUCUUACAGAACUCUGAGCUCCUUCUGUGACUGUGUGUUUGUGUCCCAGCGGCUGGAUGAAGAGUCUCUCACACAGAGUCUAACGUCACCAGAGGCCUCUUUGAAAAAUGUGCAAAUUAAAAAAUGUUUACAGAGACAUCAGCACCUUGAAGCUCUGCGGGAGUCUUUAUAUGCAUGCAGGAUUCAGAGUAUUCAUUUCUCACCCUUACAUCUGAUUGUAUGAGGAGUCCAGGCUCCAGUUCCAACCCGGUCUGAAGUCUGAAUGUGAAUCCUGUGGUGUCGAACACUGACCUCUGUUUCACGAUCACUGGUUCAAACACAGUCGAAGGUUUCCACUACACGAGGGCGAGCAGCAGACAUCCUUCAGUUUGUGUUUUGUACGAUGCAGACGUGAUUUAUGGUGAUUUCUUUUUUUAAUUUAAUAAAUCAGUUGUUCAGA